AUGGAGCGCGCCGGCGAGGGGGCUGCGAGAGAAGUGGGCGGCGGCGGAGGAGGAGGAGGAAGAGGAGCUCCACAGCAGAAGGAACGCCACGUAGUCUCAUGGUCUCAGCAGGUUUUGCAAUCUCUCCCCUUUUCCGUUAACUCUCCUAAUCGGAUCAAUUUCGGCGGCGGCGAUCGUCUUCCUUCUUCCUCUCCUGGUCUCUGACUGGUGGCGGCGCAGGAGGACGAUCUGCUCAGGGCGCAGGUGGGCAUCCACGGGAUAGAGAAGUGAGCUACUCAACUCCCCCUUCCAUUCUUCCUUGAUUCUUCCAGUUUCUGACGGCGGGUUUUCUUCCCCUGUUCUUGCAGCUGGACGAGCAUCGCCGCCCAAUUCAAGGAUAAGACCGGCCGGCAAUGCCGGAGAAGGUUCGUACGAUCACCUUCCUCCUUCCUCCUCCGAAACCUGGACGCUGACGGAGGGAUUCGCCAUUGCAGGUGGUUCACCUACCUCAACACCGAGUGUAAGAAGGGAGGGUGGUCGCCGGAGGAAGACGCGCUCCUCUGCGAGGUAGGCCAAACUCCCCGGAGGAAGAGCUCCGAAUAAUCUCAAAAACCUUGCUGUAACACGAGAAAUCUGAUCAUCCGGGAAGAGGCUGAUCUACAGGCCCAGAAGAUCUUCGGCAACCGGUGGACGGAGAUAGCGAAGGUGGUAUCCGGCAGGUGAGCUCGAUGAUCCUCCCCCGAAGGUUGGCUCGUCUCUGAGAGACGGAGAUGAAGGUUUUCUUGAAAGCCCAAUGCCGUCCGUUCACUUCCGCAGGACGGACAACGCGGUGAAGAAUCGCUUCAACACCCUCUGCAAGAAACGACUGAAGCAGGAAGCCAUGACCAAGGAGAACACCCACUGCGCGUACCUCGGUUCGACGGGGGCAAGCCCCGCGAGAUCUCUCUCCCCCGUAUCUCUCUCCUCGUUCAAGAAGAUCAGGUAUGGAGAUCUCCGCAUUCAGGCUGGUCUCUGCUCAAAACCCACGAGUCUGACUGCCAGAAUCUUUCUCUCGCUCUCUUCUUGUUCAUCGAGAAUAGGUAUCAGAUGGCCAGUCUGAAGGAGAAUCAGGGGUCCCCUGGGGGUAAUGCUAUGGGGGCAGAAUACAGAAGGCCUCCUCUAGCUAUUCUUGGUCAGAAUCACGGUGACGACAACCUCAGGGAUGUGGGCACUGGCGGUACGUGCUCUUUCUGGCUAAUAAUUUUCCAUCUUCUCUGGGAAAAGCACGGCUGAUUUCCAUCCCGUGGCGCAGAAAAAGCAUCAGAGAUGAAGAUUCAUGGCGCUUUCCUGCGAAGAAAUGACCCAAAGGUCUCAGCCUUGCUGCAGCAAGCAGAGCUGCUCAGUUCGCUCGCCAUUAGAGUUCAUACUGACAGCACUGACCGAUGUCUGGACAGCGCCUGGAAGGUACUGAGACUUGCAGAGCCAUUUCUCUCUCUCUCUCUCUCUCUCUCUCUCUCUCUCUCUCUCUCUCUCUCUCUCUCUCUCUCUCUCACACACACACACACACACACACACACACACACACUCCUUGGUGACAUCAGGAGCUGAAGAACUACUUGACCCAGAAUGGGGUAAGAGAACCCGAGAAGAGCGAGUCUACGCAGUUAGAUUUCCUCCUGGACGACUUCAAGGACUUGAUAGAGGACCUGAGGAGCGGCAGCACGGGGAGCAGCCCCUCCGUCAGGUAACCAGUAGGUCCGAUGUUGACUCCUGGGGAAUAGGCGUAGACUGUUUGACCAACAGUUUCCAGCAACCAUUCAGACGGGCAGAUCUCCCAGUCAACGAGGAGGCGGCUCGAAGCAACGCCCAGAGCCUCCCUGAAGAGAGGGGGCGAGAGGAGGAGGACGACGACGACGGCGACGCUCGAGGUGGCCUUCACCCGGAGAAUCGGACUCCAUCCGAAACGGAACUACCCGUUGACUUACUACGAUUUGACUCCGGAGAGAUCGUCUGCUCCUUGUCAAAUCCGGCGUUUGACUCGCCGCUCCCGACAAUUCCCCUCUUCAGCCCUUUUCCAGUGGGGAUCCCAAGCCCGAACUUUUCAGCAAGCGUGAGUAUUCCAUGAGCUUACGAACAUCUUCCACCGUGACUGCCUGUUUCUUGCUGUCUGAAUCUUCUUGGACCAGAAAGGUUUUGGCAGGAAGCUGACGAGAGCUUCCUCUUGCGCCUUUUCCAGGAGCGGCGGUUCCUUCUGAGCGUAUUUGGUUCGUCUUCUUCCUUCCCCAACGCCGGCAGCCCUAACCAGAAGCCCCCCGCCUGCAAGAGGGCCCUUCUGGACAGUCUCUGA